UGGGAAAAUGUGACGGAGGAUCCCAAUAGCCUCUGUCCCUGAUGAUUCAGUUAUUAUUUGAUUUAUGUGGUCUUGCCGCUGCCCUUGCUCUGACCCUUGGGACGACUGUAUGGGAAGUUUCUGUCUUAGAUAGAGUGAAGCGCUGCUCUGUAAAGUGUGGAGAGUCAAAAAGAACGCAAAGGAACUGAUGAAUGCAGAAAGGCUCACUUGACUUCAGAUGAAAUAACUGGAUGCACCCCUAAAAGGAACGGUAGGAGAGGAGAUUAAUGCUCUAUGGAAAGUUUGCUUUUAAAAGCACAGAGCAGCCCAGACUGAAUGAAGCAGUGGGAGCUGGAGCAGAGCAUGGCAAACACCUAUGUGACAGUCCCUGAUGGGUACUGUCUUAGUGAGCCAAUUCAGUAUUAUGACGUUUUACCAGAACACAUCAGUUAUCCAUUGCAAGACCUUGACUUCCAGACUGCUCCUUACUGCCAAUAUUCAACCGUUCAGUUUCCUCCAGUGCUACAAACACCAUCUCCCCAGUCUCAGUACAGUGCAUACAACUUGGACUCUCAAUACAGUGAUGGGCAAUACAUCAUCAGCAACUGCGAACUCACCAAGCCCACCUGCAUGGGCGGUCAUAAUGAUGAGAGUGGAUAUCCUGGUCAGAAAAGACCCAGACUUAGUCACUCCUCCUUGAGAAUAAAGGGACAGGAAGAACUCUGUGUCGUAUGUGGAGACAAGGCUUCGGGAUAUCAUUACAAUGCACUCACCUGUGAAGGCUGCAAAGGAUUUUUUCGACGCAGCAUCACCAAAAAUGCAAUCUACAGAUGCAAGAAUGGCGGUCACUGUGAAAUGGAUAUGUAUAUGAGGAGGAAAUGUCAAGAGUGUCGCCUCAAGAAGUGUAAAGCUGUGGGAAUGCUUGCUGAAUGUCUAUUGACAGAAGUCCAGUGUAAAUCAAAGCGACUCAGAAAGAAGAGCAGCUUCCUUUGUAACAUCAAAGUGGAAGAUGAGGGCGUGGACAACAAACAUGUAUCCUCUACAACUAAACCUUUAAAAGUCCAGGAAAAGAUGGAAUUUACUUCUGGGGAACAUCAGCUCAUUGAACAUAUUGUUGCUGCUCAUCAAAAAUGCACCAUUCCCCUGGAAGAAGCAAAGAAGUUUUUACAGGAAACUACCAAUCCUGAAGAGAACUUUUUACGACUUUCAGAAUCAGCUGUGGUUCAUGUGCAGGUAUUAGUGGAUUUUACAAAAAGACUCCCAGGUUUUGAAAACUUAGCCAAUGAUGACCAGAUUGCAUUGCUGAAGGGCUCCACAAUUGAAACAAUGUUUUUACGUUCUGCCCAGAUAUACAAUGAGCAAGCUAUUGAAUACCAGUCAUCAUUCAGUGAAAGCCAUGCAAAAUUUUCUCACCAUGCUGUGUGUGGUCAAGAUAAAAAUACUAUUUACUCUAUAGAAAUGCCUCAUAUGGAAGAAAGUCCAACAUCAACUACUACAACAGGUAUUACUGAAGAAUUUAUUACUGCACUAUUUUACUUCUACAGAAGCAUGGGAGAACUUAAUGUGACUGAGACAGAAUAUGCUCUGCUUGUUGCAACUACUGUAUUUUUUUCAGAUCGUCCACUCCUAAAAAACAAACAACAUGUGGAGAAACUCCAGGAACCAUUUUUAGGAAUUCUGUACAAGUAUUCAAAAAUUUAUCACCCUGAAGAACCACAACAUUUUGCACGUCUCAUUGGACGACUCACUGAACUCAGAACCCUCAAUCACAACCAUUCAGAAGUGCUAGUAACUUGGAGAACAAGGGAUCCUAAGCUAACCUCUUUACUUUGUGAAAUUUGGGACUUGCAUUAAUCAAUUUUUGAACUGCUUAAUUGCUACGCCAAAAAACCCGUUCUCUUUCUCAACUGGUGUACUCAUAUUAAAAAUCUCAUUUAUGCUAAAUGAGUACAGAUUCCUCUAAAAUACUGUUCUGUAAUAAUUAUUUAAAAUGUAUCUUUGAAAAAUGUUACAGCUGAAAAAUCUAACAACAUAUGCAAUCCAUGAAACUUUAUUGCUGUGUCCGUAAAAGGAAUAUGGAAGCACAUUUAUAAAGUUAAGAGUCUACAAUUCUGUCAGUUUUUUACAUGCCACUAUGCAUACUCCAUGCCCAAGAAGGCUGCCAACAGGAAAUAUGAAGAAGAGGCAGAAAACUCCUGCAUACAAGGUUGAACACUAAAGAGAAUGGGGAGGCAGCAAUGUGUGUGGUGGAGACUGGGUUGGCUCCCAACUAAGUAUGGUAGGUAUCAUAUUAAAAAUACAGUAUAUAAAACAAUUUAAGCCUCCAUGGUCUCUUAGUCCUCAAGAAACACAUACAGGCUUAAAUGGACAUUGCAUCUCAUUUAAGCAUCCUAAAAAAGAUAUUUAUAUCAUCCCAGUGUCUGAGGUGGAUGCUGGUUGAUUCCAUGGAGAGCCAGUGUGCUGUAGUGGUUAAGAGUGUAGACUCUCAUCUGGGAGAACUGGUUUGAUUCCCCACUUCUCCACAUGCACCUGCUGGUGUGACCUUGACUUAGUUACAAGUUCUCAGAGGUGCUCUCUUGAAAGAACUCAGCCCCACCUACCUUACAGGGAGUCUGUUGUGGGGAGAGGACGGUAAAGGAGAUUGUAUGCCGCUCUGAGACUCCAAGUGAAGGGUGGGGUAUAGAUCCAAUCUCCUCCUCCAUCUCUUCUUCUUCUGCACACAUAGCAUACCAAAAUUUGUUUCUCAAAGCCAUGUAAUUCCCAUCAUACCUACUCUUGUCAGACAAACUUGUAUUUUAAAUGUAUUAAGAUUAUUUAAUUCCCAUGGAAUAAUUAGAUAAAAAUAAGUAGGUUUUAUAAUUCAUUCCCCCACUGACACAACUUUUGAAAGGAAAAGUGCAUUACAUAAAUUGAAAUCAGUGAAAAAUGAAGUGAGUUAUGACUACCAGUAAAAUCCUAUUCAGAGCUACACUUUUCUAAGCCCAUAAUGUUCAAUGGAUUUAAAAGGUCUAACUGUUUAGGACUGCUUUGUUUACAAUGGACAUCAAAACGAUAUAGCAGGAUGAAUAUUGUUUAUUCAGCUUUGUAUUCUUAUUCAUAAAUAAUAUUUUGUUUAGCUAGCCCCUUCUUAUUUCCCCACCACUCUCUAUUAUAAGAAAUUUCUGAUAUUUGAACUAUAUUACUAAUUGAACUACAUCCUUAUAAAAUAAGAUGUAAAAUGAUGUUGGUGUUUUUCAUAGUGGUACUGUUAGCCUUGGAUUUAAUAAUUAUUCUUGAUAUCUGAAAUAUAGUGUACAUAGCUAGUAUUUUAAUACACAAAAUACAUUUUAUAGUGCUAUAUUUUAGAUACAUAUUUAAGUUUAAUAAAUGCACUAUUAAUCUGG